UACUAGUCUUGUCAACUUUUGCCUCAGAAUUUAAGUCCUAUAAAUAUAAGCACUCACUCCAUUACACUCUCAGCAUCUCAGAGUUCACUACAAUGGAGCACUUUCGUUUCAUUUUCCUUUCUUCUUUCCUCUAUGUCAUAUUGCUGGUUGGAGUCUUUGCUUCUGAAGAUGUAUCCUGGGAGACUUACUGGCAGUCAGCUUUGCCAAAAACUCCAAUACCCCAAGCUGUGCAGGAACUUUUACACCCAGAGAACUGGCCUGGGACAGAAGGCAAACGCACAUACACUGGGAUCAGCAAGGAUGCUUUGAACAUCAAUACCAUUCAAUCCGGGUCUGCAUUUCCCACUGCAGGUCCAGAAAGCUAUGCCAAAGCCGCCACAGGAAAAAUCCCCGUUGAGCAAGAUGUUACUACUUUCUUCUUCGAAAAAGAUCUGCAUCUGGGGAAGAAAAUGACCUUACACUUCCCCAAAACCACAAACAAUGCUAAAUUUUUGCCACGUCUAGUUGCAAGGGCCCAACCCUUUUCAAGCAGCAAGUUACCCGAGAUUCUAAACCGCUUUUCGCUGAAACCUGAAUCAGCAGAAGCAGAGAUAGUGAAGCAAACAAUCGAAGAAUGCGAGGAACCAAGCAUCGAAGGGGAAGACAAGUACUGCGCGACGUCCUUAGAAUCUUUAGUCGAUUUCAGUGUUUCGAAGCUCGGGAAAUAUGCUGAGGUGUUCUCAACAAAAGUGGACGGAGAAAACAAGCAGGAAUAUAGGAUUGCGAGGAGAGUGGAGAAAAUUGGAGAGAGGUCGGUGGUCUGCCAUAAGCAGAAGUAUGUGUAUGCUGUGUUUUACUGCCAUGAAAUCCGUUCAACAAGGGCUUACAAGGUUUCUUUGGUGGGAGCUGAUGGAACAAAAGCAGAAGCGGUUGCUGUUUGCCACAGCGAUACAAGAAAAUGGAACAUUAAGCUUUUGGCUUUCCAGCUUCUCAAAGUUAAGCCAGGAACUGUCCCUAUCUGCCAUUUCUUGCCUAGUGGGAACCUUCUUUGGGUUCCAAACUAGAAAAGAUUAGAACCUCAUCUUGUGAAAACAAUCAUGUUUGUGGCAGAAACAAAUGUGAGGGAAUUAUAUAUAUAUAUAUAUGUAUGAAUGUGUGUGUAUUUGUGUGUACUUAACCUAAGUUAACGGUUGAUGUAGCUAAUUAUGCUUGGACAAUGUGUCAUGUUGUUGGGCCAUUAGAAAUUUCAGAAAUUUCGUUGGCUCACAAACAUGUGAAUAAAUGGUCCAUGUCUGCCUGCCUACAAUAGUGUUAGCUAUGUAUAAGCAGAAGAAAAUAUGGCGUCAAUCACAUUUCAUAUCUCUCU